GCUGCAAUAUUUUGGAGAUUCCUGGCAGCCAAGAUUCCCUGUCCUACAAAUGGGUUACUACUCCUUGCUCAUCCUCCCCCUCCUUUCCUUUCCCAAGAUACCCUGUGUGUGUGUGUGUGUCACGCCUACACGCGUCUUCCCCCCCCCCCCUCGUUGUCUUUGGAAGGCAAUCAGGGUUCGGAUUCCGGCCUUAGAACGUUGCGUUUCCCAGCGUUCGAUGCUGGAGUGUCUCGGCGUUCCAUUUUAGAACCUUCGGCGUCCGAACGUUCCAUCGCCUGUUAAGAGGGUUACAAUGAGUAGCAGCGGCGGCGGCGGCGGGGAAGCGCAGAGCGCCGGGCACGAGAGCAGCAGCGGGGGAAGCGGCUCCCUCCGCACCUACCCGAAGUUGCCCGUAUGGGUGGUGGAAGAUCACCACGAUGUUCUCCCUUUCAUUUACCGAGCCAUUGGCUCAAAGCAUCUUCCUGCUAGCAACAUCAGCUUUGUCCACCUGGACUCGCACCCAGAUCUCCUCAUUCCACUGGGCAUGCCGGCAGAUACUGUGUUCGACAAGGAGGCUCUGUUCAGUGAGUUAAGUAUUGAAAACUGGAUUAUGCCUGCUGUUUAUGCUGGUCAUUUUUCACAAGUAAUAUGGUUACAUCCAGCUUGGGCUCAGCAAAUAGAGGAAGGGACUCAUCAUUUUUUGGUGGGCAAAGAUGCCUCUACUACAACAAUAAGGGUUACAAGCACAGAUGCUUACUUCCUUUCUGAUGGUCUCUAUGUCCCGGCUGAUCAGCUGGAGAACAAAAAACCUUUACACCUGGAUGUGCGCCUUGUGAAUCCCUCCACAGCUGCCGGCGAUUGGGAGGGCAGCCAAGCUCCACAUUCUGCUAAGAAGUGCAAAUUAAGUGUUGAUGACUCAGGUGAUGCCUCCUCCUCGAAAGACUCUGCUGACCCGACCCACAGUUGCACAGCUGGACUCUCUGAUGGCUUUGGGGAGGGUAUCUCUGGGCAUGAGAAGCCGAGCAAUUCCCGGGUUCCCUCUGCAUCUGCUUCCGCGGGAAAACACCGGUAUCAAAUGUCAGAACUUGCGCGAGACAUUCUCCAUGUGCUGAAGAAGGGCAGUGCUUACGUUUUAGAUAUCGACUUGGACUUCUUUUCAGUUAAGAAUCCUUUCAAAGAAAUAUACACACAGGAAGAAUACAAACUCUUACAAGAACUAUACAGUUUUCAGAAGCCCAAAAGCAAUUUGUCAGAGGACGAGUUGGUCGACUGCGUAGAGAACCGCACACACCAGCUGGAAGAUCUAGAAGCAGCUUUUGCUGAUUUGUGUGAUGAUGACACCGAAGAAAACCUGAAACGAUGGGCUGCAAAUCCUGGAAUGAAACCUCUGGUUCAACUGGUGCGUAAUUUGAAAGAUCGAAUGGGAACUCCAGAUUAUGAGAUGGUUCAUCAGGCUGGCCUUACAUGUGAUUACUCAGAAAUACCUCAUCAUGUUAGCACCGAAGAGGAGAUAGAGAGUUUCGUACAGUCGAUACAGCAUCUCUUGGGAAGCUUACCGAAACCAACCCUUGUGACUAUAGCCCGAUCCAGCUUGGAUGACUACUGUCCUGCGGAGCAAGUGGACUUCAUACAAGAGAAGGUCUUGAACGUACUGCGUUUGGUAUACGGCACCCUGGAUGUUAAUUUGGAAUAUUUGGAAAACGCAGGUCCUACCGGAACAGAAAGCUCAUCUACAGCAUAAUCAGCCUGGCUAUAGUCUAUGCCAGUGGUUCCCAAACUUGGCAACUUUAAGACUUGUGGACUUCAACUCUCAGAAUUCUCCAGCCAGA